UCGAUGUAAAUUGUAUGUGAUGCCAGCAGACCAGACCCGGCAGAUAGCUGUCAUGUGACAAGUGGUCAUCUGUUUUUUAGUUAAUUUAGUUAAAUUCUAUCGAUGAUGGGCAUUCUUCGGCUCUUCUAUGUGAUCCUGCAUUUUUUUAUCACAUAUAUUCACAAUCUUCAUGUGGCGCUAAGUGAGCUGGUUGACCGUAUCAAACCAGUUAUUAAGGAUCGGACUUACCAUUGGCCGGCUGACUGCCAUGUCUUGCUAACUGCCACGACUGUAAAAUUAGGUGCAAAUAUAAAAGACGAAAGUCUUCUCUUACAAAAAAUAGGAAGUGAACUGAAACGACUUAACAAACUCCCCAUUCAUGUUGCUUGCCUACUUACCGAAAAAGAUGUAAACAUCGAUAGAAUGAUUGUUAUUAUUGAGUGGUUUGUUAGUAUGGGUGUAUAUUGCAUCAGUCUUUAUGAUCAUGAAGGUUGUAUAGCUAGCUGCCAAGAUGAAAUCAAAAUUAAAUUGAAAGGGGUUGUUGCAAAUUUACCCAAUGGAUUAAGAUCAAAAUCUAUUGCAGUUCAUAAAGGGUUUGUAAAAAAGGAAUUCUUCACUUCAGAUUCCAUCAAUGUUUUCCUAAUGAAUCGCUAUGAUGGCAAAUCAUUGUUUACCCAAGUUGCACAGAGAAUAGUGGAUGAACUGAAUUACUCACAAAUUGAUCAGAGUGUUGUUGAACAGGCCAUGAAUCAAUUUUAUCCUAAAGAACCAGAACUAAUGGUACAGUUUGGCAGUUUACUUUCCAAUACUACACUAGGAUACUCUCCAUGGCAUCUUAGAUUGACACAGAUGAUGCGUGUACCCAAUCAUACGCGAUUACGAGUUGAUCAUUUAGUUUCAACUAUGCUUGAGUAUGGAUCAUGCCAACAACGUUUCGGGAAAUAAACCAAUGUUA